CGCUUGGCUGCUUCCAUCAGUCGCCCCAAUUUGGUGAUGGAUAUUUCCCAGCUGCAGCCUGGGGAUAAGGAGGAUGUGCUGGGCCGGAUCCUGGAUGCCAGGCAUCCCUCCGGUGCUCUUCUCGGAGAGGACACGCUUCAGAGGCCUUCUCCGCUAGAAUCACUGCAAAGGUACAAGAGUUUGGUCAACCAGAUCCACCCGGAGCGAUGUGUAGACGCGCGUGCAAAGGAGGCCUUUGCCCGGUCUUCGGCUGCUUUCGAUGCUGUGUGCGCAAUGGACUCGGGCUGCGCCUCAACCUGGGAGGUUGCAAAGUCACGGCCAGCCAGCCAUGGCGCGCAGAGCCGUUGGUGGGAAGUUAGCAGCGUGGCCGAGAUGCAGAAUCUAUUGGAUUUUCGCAUGGCGGCCACCAAGGCUCUGUAUUCAGAAAUGGCUUGCAGCCUGGAUGCUGCCGGUUGCGAGCAGUUAGAGCAACAAAUUCUGAGUGCAGAGAAAGUGAGCGAACAUCUAGAUCGGCUUUCAGAGAUAAAGCGCAACCGCUUUUGGCCCGUUUCACGUGGGACACCUACACCGCAACAAUCUGCCUUGCGUUAUAUUGAUAUCCUUUGUCACCUGCGAGGGGUGCACUGCUUCGAGCAACUGCAUGGGCGACAGUAUCACCACGCUGCAGACCUGCAAGCGGCAACGCCGCUGACACAGCUCGGGGAUUUGUUGCGGAGGUGUUUGCAAAGAAGCGCUCCAUCUGAGUUGUCAAUGGCAGCAUCUGACGGAGAAAGCGAUACCGAUCCACUGGACAGGUUUAUGGCCUCCAUUGAGGCCGAAGUGUCCUUGCCGCACUCGGGUCGUGCGGAGGUGAGCCAAAUUCUGAGAGAGGAGCCGCAGGGCUUGGCCGACUCUGGACGGCCACGCUUGCGCCCCACGGCGACGACCAGCAGCACCCACCUCACUGCUGAAGGUGCCGUCGCAGAGCAGCGGGCAGCUGCUUCAGCAAUGGCCGCUGCGGAUGGCCAGGCCAAGCAGCAGCGCCAGCUGCAAAACCAGCUGCUGGGAGACUUGGAGUCUGAGUCGGAAGCAGAAGGAAGCUAGCGGCCA